GUUUUGUCUGUCUCUAUCUAACAUGCAUCAAAACAUUUGAGUGAAAAUAAAACAUCUGUCAUCUUAAUCUUGCAAAAGAUUGAGCAGUUAGAUUAUUAUAAAUAUAUAAAAUUCUCUUACUCAGUAGAUAGUGAAUGCUAAUUAAAAUGAUCUCACCACCUAGCUAACUAACUAAAACUAAGUACAAUUAUAUGAAUAGGUAUUGAAUUCUAACUAGUCAUUUCACUGACUAAAUUAGUGAAUGUGAACAAACUCACUAUUUAGCUAGUAAAAUCUGACCAAAAAAUCACCCACUGACUAGCCAACACCAUCCAAAAUAUAUGAUUUUUUAAAAAAUUUAUAACUGUAAUAAAAUAAAAUUGAUUUGUGUAAACAAGAUGUCUUAUUCAUACAAAUUUAAGAGCAACUCUUAUCUUGAAGGUAUCAUUUAAAUACUGGAAUGUCUAGAAGAGUGGAAAUAAAUCAAGCUGCAGUUUGGAAAACAUUAGUAAUUCCCAUGAACUGGCAGAACAAGGAUUCAACUAGUUUGGUCAUCAUGUCCUGCAAACCACACACAACCAGGACUGAGGUAGUUGACAAACGUAUAUGGUCGGAACUUUUCCAAUUAACUGCUGAAUACAAGGCAGUGAACCUAGGCCAAGGGUUCCCAGACUUACCUCCUGCCAGCUUUGUUCAGGAGGCUCUCUUCAAUGCUGUCAACGGAGGCUUUCAUAUGCACCAGUACACACGCAGUCUUGGCCAUCCACCUCUUGUCAAGAUCCUUGCCAAGUUCUUUGGGAGGGUUUUGGGCCAGGAAAUUGAUCCCAUGAAGGACAUCCUGGUUACCAUGGGAGCCUAUCAGGCGGUUUUUUGUGCAGUUCAAGCUCUGGUUUAUGAGGGCGAUGAAGUGAUCAUUCUGGAGCCUUCCUAUCAUUGCUAUGAACCCAUGACAUUAAUGGCAGGAGGAAAAACCGUCCAUGUGCCCCUCAAACCUCAAAAGGUCACUGGUCCAACUGGGUCUAGUGCUGACUGGGUGUUAUGUUCUGAAGAGUUGACGAGUAAAUUUAACUCUCACACAAAAGCUAUUAUCAUUAACAAUCCCAGUAAUCCAUUGGGCAAGGUAUUUCAGAGGGAAGAGUUACAGAUGAUAGCUGACCUGUGUAUAAAGCAUGAUGUUAUUUGUAUCAGUGAUGAGGUAUAUGAAUGGCUUACAUAUGAUGGAGCACAACAUAUUAAAAUAGCGACUCUUCCGGGGAUGUGGGAGCGCACUGUCACCAUUGGGACUGCAGGCAAGAGCUUUGGCGUCACUGGAUGGAAGGUGGGUUGGGCAAUAGGGCCAGGACACAUCUUGGAACACCUGCAAAAAAUCCAUCAGAAGUCAAUAUGCCACUGUCCUACUCCUACUCAGGAGGCUGUAGCUGUGUGUUUUCGGAUGGAAUAUGACACAUUUGGUACAGAAGAAAGCUACUUCAGACAGCUACGCACGCAGCUCCAGGCCAAAAGGCUCAGACUAGCCGAGUGCCUGAGGAGCGUUGGGCUGCAACCUUUUGUACCUGACGGUGGCUACUUCAUCAUCACGGACAUCUCCAACCUGAAGGUUGAUCUGAAUGACCCAAGUACUAAGGACGAACCUUAUGACUACAGAUUUACUAAAUGGCUUAUCAAAGAGAAGGGUUUGAGCACUAUCCCUGUAUCUGGAUUUUGCAGCCCAGAACACAGAGAAGACUUCCAGAAGUACAUUCGAAUCUGCUUUGUAAAGGACGACUCAACCCUGGAAGCAGCUGAAGAUAUUCUGAGAAAGUGGAAGGAUGAAAAAAUACAGGAUAGUGAUUCUGUCUGAGAUGAGCUUUGCAAAGUGUAUCUAUGUCAAACUGCAAUAUAAUGCUUGUUAAGUAGCAAGUAGAAGAAUCUUGUUUUAUUGUAACCAGGUAAAAAGAGUUCAAAUCAAGCAAAGCUCAUGCUAAUAAACCAGAGUUGGUUAUAGGUA